AUGUCAGCAGGUUCAAGUAGGAGAAAGAUCACACAACUUAAGAAGGAGGAAGCUGAAAAACAAUGUUAUAAGGGAGUCAAGCAUGUUGGGAAAGAUUUGAAGAAAAAUGCCACGGAACCAACCCAACAAGAGAUUAGCUACACGGUGUUGAGAUAUUGA